UCAGAUUAAAAUGCAUUAAUUCUUAAUUCUAUCAAAUCUGAAAACUUCUUGAAUAUAGACAUCAUUAAUUAUUUCUGUUUGUUACCUUAUAAUAAGUCUUAAAGAAGAUGCUGAAGUUACCCAGAAAAUUAAGCGGGUGUCUGGGUGCACCCUUGACUAGAUAUAUUUCAGACAGCACUGUUCCUCUAGAAAAGGAAAUAGAUUUUAAACCGCUCAAUUUGAGACAAGUUAAGGGAGCAACAGUAACUAAACGUACUCCUAGAAAGACUAUAGUGGCGCCUCCAAGGACUGAGCAAAUGGCGACUGAUCAAGAUUGGGGAAAUGUUUGGCCAGGGCCAAAAUCAUUUCAUCCAGCAUCUGUACCUCUACCAGUUCGUCAAGGUUAUGCUAAAAAAGGAGAAACUAUCCCUAGCAAAUAUGCAAAUACUGAACUAAUGAAAAUUCCCAACUUCCUUCAUCUCACACCACCAGUUAUCAAAAGACAAUGUGAAGCCUUGAAAAAAUUUUGUACUCCAUGGCCAAAAGCACUUGAUACAGAUGAAAAAUGUGAAAAACAUUUUCCCAUAGAAGUUGCUACUAGUAAUUAUUGUCAUUCCUCGCCUUCAAUUAGAGAUCCAUUAUCAAGAAUUGUCACUGUAAAACUGAGACUCUCUUCACUUAAAUUAGAUGAUCAUGCAAAAGAUAAAUUUCUGAGAUUGGUUGGUGAUCGAUAUGAUGAAAAAACUGAUAUUGUUACUAUUGUCACUGAUAGGUGCCCAGUAAAAAAGCAGAAUUAUGAGUAUGCUAUGUAUUUAAUAACAGCUUUAUAUCACGAGUCUUGGAAUGUGGAAGAAUGGGAAAAACUGAAGUCGGAAGCUGACAUGGAAUUUUAUGAUUGGAAUACUUCUAAAUCCAAAAAAAAUGUAGAGAAGCUUUUCGGCAAGGAAUCCAAAUCUAUUGAGAAUAUUGAUCCUUAUUCUGAUGCACUUAACGACCUGAUGAAUGAUGGUGAAAAUCAGUAUAAUUUGACAAAGUAUAGAGAAUCUGUGAAGAAACUUUUACAAGUACCUGAUACAUUAUGAAGGAAGAAGAGAAAUUACGGCUGGUUUCAUAAUCAAACCUAAAGUCCCUUUAAUUUUAAAGCUUCCCUACCACAAAUGACAGUAAAGGAAGCUUUGAGCUUAAAAUGACUUUAAAUUUGAUUAUGAAACUGGACGUUAACAACUUAACCCAUUGAAGAUCAGUUUGAAAAUGGAAUUCAUAGGUCAAAAUUAUUUAUUCAAUUUGCAUUCCUAUUGCUCCAUUUUGGUAAUUAAUGCAAUUUGUAUUGAAAUUCAUAAAUAAAAAUUAAAAUUUAUAUUU